UUUCCGGACAGCGACGGUUAGCACUCCCACUCCCAACGGCAUUUUAAAAACACGCGCCAAAAAGGCUCCAUCCCAUGCUUCCUGCCCGCGCUAACUUUAACAACUUCCUUGGCCUCCUCCGGGAAGCAAGGCCUUCCGUCCACUCCACCCUUCCCCCUCCUCCCGUCUUCUCAUCCCAUCUCCUCUCCUCCUCCACUUCUUCCCUCCUCAUUCUGCGCCCCACCCCAGCCCACCACCGAAGCUCUCUCCAUCUCCGCGGGGCUCUCCGGCGCACCCCCUCGUGCCUCGGGGACCCCAAUCCGCCGCCGACACCACGAUCGAUCCAUCCAUCACGCCUGCCUCUCCCGGACGCCCCUGCUCGUGACUCGCGCCUGAGCGAAAGGGAACACCAGCUAGCUUGGCAGCUCGCUUGAUGGAGGAGGAGCUGAGUCAGAUGGAGCCCGGCGCGAAGGUGACGCUGCAGCGGCAGGCGUCGUCGGGGUCCCUGACGCAGGGCCCGUCGGGGGAGCUCCGGCGGCAGUCGUCGCUGGAGUCGUCCCCCCGCUCGGGGCGCGGCGGGAACCGGUUCCUGUUCGGGCGGCAGUCGUCCAUGGACCCCAACCGGCGCCGCGGCCGGAGCCAGAGCCCCGUCGGCGCCGUGGCCGAGCAGGAGCUCGCCCUGCCGGACAACCUCGACUCCACCAUGCAGAUGCUCUUCCUCGCCUGCCAGGGCGACGCGCACGGCGUCGAGGCGCUGCUCCGCGGCGGCGUCGACGUCAACAGCAUCAACCUCGACGGCCGCACCGCGCUGCACGUUGCCGCCUGCGAGGGCCACCGCGAGGUCGUCCGCGUGCUGCUCGACUGGCAGGCCAACAUCGACGCCCGCGACCGAUGGGGCAGCACGGCUGUGGCCGAUUCCAAGUGUUACGGCCACAUGGACAUCUAUGAUCUUCUGAAAUCCUAUGGUGGAAAGGCCCCGAGAAACAGGAGGACACCGAUGAUGGUGUCGAACCCCGGGGAGAUACCCGAGUACGAGUUGAACCCCGGCGAGCUCCAGUUCCGGAAAGGGGACGAAGUGCUCAAGGGCACGUACCAAGUUGCAAAAUGGAACGGAACCAAGGUCUGCGUUAAAAUAGUGGACAGAGAAACCUACUCCGAUCAGGAAGCCAUAAACUCUUUCAGGCAUGAGCUGACGGUGUUCGAGAAGGUCCGGCACCCGAACGUCGUCCAGUUCAUCGGAGCCGUCACGCAGAACAUACCCAUGAUGAUUGUUUCUGAAUACCAUGCAAAUGCUGAUUUAGGAAGCCUUAUUCAGAGGAAAGGAAGGCUGAAUGGCCAUAAGGUGCUGAGAUAUGCCCUUGACAUUGCCAGGGGCAUGACUUAUCUGCAUCAGUGCAAACCAGACCCCAUCAUCCACUGCGACCUAAAGCCAAAAAAUAUCUUCCUGGAUAAUGGAGGCCUAAUGAAGGUCGGGGGGUUCGGGCUGAUGAGGCUGUCCAAGAUGGCUCCUGACAAGGUGAAGCUGAUGAACCACGAGGCCAUCGUCGACACCUUCAGUUACUACACUGCGCCUGAGAUGCACAGAAACGAGGUGUUCGACAUGAGCGUCGACGCGUACGCAUUCGGCUUCAUCCUUUACGAGAUGGUUGAAGGACUACCCAACAUGGAAUCCACAACCGUCAUAGCCCGAGGCGAGGGGAUGCGGCCGUCGCUGAAGAACAAGCUCAAGGGAUACCCUUCAGACUUCAAAGGGCUGAUCGAGGAGUGCUGGGAGACGCACCCGAUGGCGCGGCCGACCUUCUCGGAGAUGAUCGUCCGGCUGGACAAGAUCUACGCGCACUGCAUGAAGCAUGGGGCCUGGAAGGAGUCGCUCAAGAUCUGGAAAUGACACGGGCCGGUCUCUGUGUACGUGCGUAGGCGCGCCAACGCGUGGGGUGCUGAUGGAGCUGGAGGAUCACCGCGUCCACCUGCCAUGUCGAGUACAUACAUACAUACAUACAUACUGUAAAAUAUUACACGAGCGCGCGUAUACGGUCUUUCUUUUUGUUUUGCUGCUGUAUUGUCGAAUGAAGAGUCUGAACACAACAAUGAUGCUCUACUGCAGAAGCUAGGAUAUACUUAUCAUGAUGUAUGUUUAUGAUGUCACUUGAGAAAUAUGGCUUCGUUAUCAUGUGAC